CCAAUCAGCGGAGGCCAGGGCCCCUGCCCCUCGGCCUCUCCUGGCAGCCAGGAGUCCGAGCCGUUCCCCGGAGCUGGACCGGACCCUGCCGGCCCCCCCAAUGAGCACCCCGGGGGAUGACGCCUCCCUGCCCGCUGAACCCUCCAUGUCCAACCUGAACGUGGCUUUGGACGAAUGCAUGGCCGCCCUCGACCUCUUUCUCACCAACCAGUUCUCCGAGGCCCUCACCUACCUGCAGCCCAAAACCAAAGAGAGCAUGUACCACUCCCUGACCUACGCCACCAUCUUAGAAAUGCAAGCCAUGAUGACCUUUGACCCCCAGGACAUCCUGAACGCCUGUAACAUGAUGAAGGAAGCCCAGAUCCUGUGCCAGAAGCACCGAAAGAAAUUAUCUGUAGCCGGUUCCUUCAGCAACCUCAUGCACCGGCCCACCCUGGACCAGUUCACCGAAGAAGAGAUCCACGCUGAGGUCUGCUACGCCGAGUGCCUCCUGCAGCGAGCGGCGCUGACCUUCCUGCAGGACGAGAACAUGGUGAGCUUCAUCAAAGGGGGCAUCAGGGUGCGGAACAGCUACCAGACCUACAAGGAGCUGGACAGCCUGGUGCAGUCCUCCAGCUACUCGAAGGGAGAGAACCACAGCCAUUUUGAAGGCGGGGUGAAGCUCGGCGUGGGCGCCUUUAACUUGACACUGUCCAUGCUUCCUGCCAGGAUCCUGCGGCUGCUGGAGUUCGUGGGGAUCUCUGGGAACAAGGACUACGGGCUGCUGCAGCUGGAGGAGGGCGCCUCCGUGCACAGCUUCCGGGCCGUGCUCUGCACCAUGCUGCUGCUCUGUUACCACACCUUCCUCAGCUUCGUCCUGGGCACCGGCAAUGUCAACAUUGAAGAGGCUGAGAAGCUGCUUCAGCCUUACCUGAAACGUUACCCCAAAGGAGCCAUCUUCCUCUUCUUUGCUGGCCGGAUCGAAGCCAUCAAGGGUCACAUUGACACCGCCAUCCAGCGCUUCGAGGAGUGCUGCGAGGCGCAGCAGCACUGGAAGCAGUUCCACCACAUGUGCUACUGGGAGCUCAUGUGGUGCUUCACCUACAAGUGCCAGUGGAAGAUGGCCUACUUCUACGCCGACCUGCUCAGCAAGGAGAACUCCUGGUCCAAGGCCACCUACAUCUACAUGAAAGCGGCCUACCUCAGCAUGUUUGGGGAGGACGACUACAAGCCUUUUGGGGACAACGAGGUGGAGCUGUUUCGGGCCGUGCCGAACCUGAAGCUCAAGAUUGCCGGCAAGUCGCUGCCCACCGAGAAGUUUGCCAUCCGGAAGUCCCGGCGCUACCUCAACCCGAACCCUACCCCGCUGCCCGUGCCGGCGCUGGAGAUGAUGUACAUCUGGAAUGGCUACGCUGUGAUCGGGAAGCAGCAGGAGCUGACCGAGGGCAUGCUGAGAAUCCUCCUCACGGCCCAGGAGACCUUGGAGAAGGCACCAGCCAACGAGUUUGCGGUGGACGACCUGUGCGUGGUGAAGCUGCUGCAGGGCCUGUGUCUGAAGCACCUGGGCCGCGUGGCCGAGAGCGAGGAGAACUUCCGCUUCAUCCACGCCAGCGAGAAGAAGAUCAAGUUCGACCAUUACCUGAUCCCCAACGCUCUGCUGGAGAUCUCGCUGCUGUGCCUGGAACAGGGCAGGACCGAGGAGGCCAUCAAGUGCUUGGACAUGGCCAAACAAAACUACAAGAACUACUCCAUGGAGUCUAGAACGCACUUCCGGAUCCAGGCAGCCAUGCUCCAGGCCAAGGCGGCCCCUGAGAAUGGGGGUGGCCCUGAAGUGUCGGGGGUGCUCUAGCUGCGGGUCUCGGGGCUGACCCUGGGAUGACCCGGAGACAGGAAGACGGCGGGCAUUUUGGGACGGUCGGCCCCGUGAUGAGAUGGCAGGCGCGGAGGGCAAAGUCUGGUUGGAAUUGAGAUGGUUGGGCCGGCCGCUUCCCCUCCCUCCCGGCCCAGGGCCCCCCAGACGGUUCAUCCCUCCUCCGUGAGAUUUAACAGAAUGUUUCAAGUUUACAUUUUCCUUAGAAAUGCAGUGACCAUGGCUCGGGGGCCCCCAGAAGCCCCUGCCCGGAACCCCGAUUAUCCAGAGACGUUCUCCCUCCUCCUCCAGGGCUGGAGAGGGAAGCGCUUUCUGGGCCGGGAGGCUGGGUGAUGGGCGUCCCCCCCCAGGGCCCGCUGCCUCCGAGCCCACCAGCGCUAGCCUCUGGGGAGCGGGGCCCAUGGGGCUUAGAGUAGAUGCUAGAGACGGGGGAGGCGCCUUGGGACCCCCGGCCUUCCCACCUUGACUACCCCAGGAGCCGACAGGAAGGCACCGGACUAAAUGCAGGCAGCCCAGCGGGGGCCCUGGGAGCCAUCGGUGGGGCCGAGGAUGGCGCCAAUUCCACCCCUGGCCGUCCCUGGCAUCAAGUUCAAAACUGGCGGAAGCCGCGGGUCUCCUCCUGACCGCGUUUGACCCGGUUAUUGACGACCGCGGCCCGGUGACACAUUUGUGAUUUUUCAUGGUUGAGAGAGGAGAUGUAUUUCGGUAAUAAAAACCUGCCCAUUUCA